UCACUAGCUGGGUGACCCUGGGCAAGUCACUUAACCCCAUUGCCUAGACAAAAAAAAGAAGAAGAAGGAACAACAAUGAUCCUCAACAUUCCUGCCUUUAACUUUCUCCACUUCAGGCCUUUGUGUGAUUUUGUUAGUAACUUCAUUUUCACUUUCCUGCUGACAAGCAUGUGCAUGGGAGACUCAAUUUGAAGCCACAAAGGUCCCACCUCCCAGCGGCCCAUGCUGCCUCGAUUCAGUCAGAGCACUGAGGCCUGCCCCCCUCAUCCAGUUGUUGGAGAACCACAUGGCAGGAGAGCCAUGCCAGCAGACUUUUACCCCGUGGACAUUUUGGAAGAUAACCCUGAAGUGGUUCAGGAAUCAGCUGGGGCCUACUAUUCCACAUUUGGGGUACAAGCUGGUACCUCUCCCGAAUACUAUUCUCUUCCUACUGGUGAAAAGGUUAAACUUGAAGAUGCCUCUGUUUGCUUCCUUCCUAUGUACCGUGAUGAACCUAAACAUAAAAUAUUGGUUUUGGUUAAUCCCCAGGACAGAAAGACAGUCUUGGCUGUUUACCUGAACAAAUCAUGGUGGUCCAUAGAAGAGAUCAUGAAAACAUCUGAUCCUUCUAGAGAAGGUCUAAUACAGGUCCAGUCUUUUGGAGAAAGGAUUGUACUUUUUAUUCUUAACUACGUUAUUUUUGGAAGAUUGGAGAGAAAUUUGGAUGAUGGCAUGUUUUUUUUACCUCAUUCAGCUACGGAACAUGCAAAAAUUCUGUGGAGGAAUGGAGCUGCCAUUGGUUUUUAUACCAUCAAGAUGAAAGGUAGUCUGUGUGGCAGAAACACCAGUGAGUGCUAUAUGCUGCCUGUGUUGGACACUGCAUUUGUCAGGCGAAAACACCGAAGAGAAGGUCUUGGGAUGAAAAUGCUGCAUGACUUUUGUCAGACUUUUGCGACUGAAGAUGCCUUAGGGAUCAGCUGCCCCAUUUCCACUGCUAUGUACCAAGUUUGUCACAAGUUCUUACUGGCCUAUCCAGAGGAGCAGGAUCGACUGUGGCAAGUAGAGGCUCCAGGAGACUGGUGCCAGAGGGUGAACAUUUGGCUAAAGAUUCAACUUGAAUCAAGCCUUUCCUACAGGAAAGUGACUUGUCAGGCAACUUCAGAGGAGGCAGAGAGCUGCCACAGAGAGAGUUUCCAAGAUGAUGAACCCAGACCAUCGGAUAAUGAAGAAAUGAACAAGAGAACCCUGAACUGGAAGUUGGAGACCUGGAUUCCAGUGCUGGCAUUGUCACUAGGUAACAAUGUGACUAUAAAUGAGCUGCUUAAUUUUUCUGUCUUAAUUUUCUUACUUAUAAAAUCUGCCUUACCUACCUCACAGAACUGUUACAAGGAUCAAAUGAAUAAUACAUGUGAAAGUGAUUUAAAAAUGAUAAAGCAAUUGUACCAAUGCAAGAAAUAAUACAGAAAGGUUAUUGUUCCAUUUAUCAAGAUGCCGUUACCAUUUUCCUUAGACUUUUAGGUUUCUUCAUCUUAAGAUGUUUUGUGGUGAGAGAGCAUUCCGAAUAUCUGCAGUGCUUAAAAUGAACUAUGUUUUUAUUUUUUCCUGUGGGGGAAAAUAUAGAAAAGAGUAGAGCCCUCUUCUCUCCACUGCUGCAGAGCUAGUUUGAAGAAUUGCAUAGAAUGUCUAGAAAGAAGUAAUUGAGGUUUUGUAAAUAUUGCUGUAAGAUAUUUCUAUGGAAACAACAUUUCUUAUCCUGUAGAGCAAGAUGCUAUACCAUGGAGCCAGAAUCAAAUGGCAGUGUAACCUCUUUUGCAAGAUAGAUAAUUGAUUUAAGUUUUUCUACAUCUGGCCUUUGUGGAAAGGAAAAAAAAAACAAGCAAAAGAUCUACCUUCUCCAGCCUGUAUUUAAGUUUUAUCCUUCUUUCUAGGGUAGAUUGUAGGUGGAACAGAGUUCUGUGCUCUUGGUGCCUUUUUGUAUAUUGCUCGCAUUAAAGAAAUUUUUUUUUAUGCUGGUGAUAUUUAUAAGAAAUGUUAUAAAAUUAGUCAGACCUUAAGGGGACAGGAGUUCUUCCUGAGAGCCAAGGUUGUAUUGAUUACUUUUUGAAAGUGAAAAGGCUUUUCCCAGUCCUCAUGGCAAGCAGGAGAUGCUCACAUAUCAAAUUCACCACUAAAAGCUGCACGUCUCUGAAUGUCAGUUUACUCAUUUGUACAAUGAAGGGCUUUGCCUAGAUCAAUGUUGCCCAAAUUUAUCUGCCCCUAAAAUGAUUUGGGUGAUUGACAUAUACUGAUCAAUUGUCUUCAGGGCUCUAAGGUCAUAGGAAUUCUGGAGUAAAAUUAAAUCUAUGUUCCUUUCCUCCAAAAAUGCCACAUGUGAAUACAUAUUUUUAUAUGUGAUUUAAUGUGUAAUAUUUUAGAGGGAGAAUACCACCAUCAGUGACCAGAACCCUUAUGAAGACUGUAAAUCACCAGAGUUCCAUGGAACAUAGUUUUGGGGGACAUGCUAAAAGUAGGUGGUCUUUGGAUUUUCCAUUAUGGUGCAGUGGGAAAAGUGCUAGAUUUGGAGUCAGAAAACAUGAAUUCAGAUCCUGGCACUUUAUAAUGUUGGGCAACUCAUUUCAAUUCUCUAGAACUUAAUUUCCUCCUUUAUGUAAGUAGUUUUGUUUGAACAUCACAAUAUCCUGUGAGGCCAGAAAGACGUGUUAUUAUUUUGCAGCUGAAGAAACUGAAACUUAUAUUUAAUGACUUUCCCAAGCUCACAAAGGGAGCGUCAGACAGAAACAGAAUUGGCACCGAAAUUUCACUUGACUCCAAACCUAUUGCUCUCUCUACCAUACUGUGUACCAGGAUUGCUAGAUUGCUAGGAUUGCCCCUACCUUGCUGUCUCUGGAACUCUUAAUGAUCAGAGGGUCAAUAUGCCAAGAGAAUAUUCUGCUGCUGGUGGAACCUGUAGACAGAUAUUGUUUAUAUUCCUUCAUCUCUGUUCUCCCUUGAAUGGAAGGAAGAAUACAUUUGAAUAAUAAUAUUAUAGAAUUCAGGAAGAACACAUCUUAAAGUCCUUCACAAGAAAUUGCAAGCCAUCAAGUGCACUUAAAUUUGUGGAUGUAGAUGUCCUAUAAAUGUCAUGGAAGACAUGGAUUCUAAUGUGAAAGGAAAAUUGUUUAUUGUAUGUACUUUACCACUUGAAAAACUAACGUGUAGCGCUUUGUAUUUACAAGAAAAUGCACUGGUGGUACGUCUUAGGGGAUUGAUGAUGUUGUGUUGCAAUAAAAGGUGCCUUCCCAAAG